AUGGACCAACAAGAGAUCUCGGCAGUCCACACUGUCCUACACUUGAUAUAUCAUCGCAACAAGAAUCAACAUCAGAGAGCCAAAUGGUGGAAAUGGCUGGCCACUUUAAAGCGUACUACGUUGGACCUGGGAUCGCUGGACUCGACGGCAGUUGAGCGCUACCAGCAGCAUCUGGCCGUACAUUUAAUUCCCCGAUGCUAUCUAGCAUUUUCCACAGUUGUGGCCGAGAACCAGUUCGCGACUUUGGGGAUCGCUCUUCUGGCCGCACUUUCACGUCUGGCCAAGGCUACUGGCGCCGACCGUAAACUCAAAUCACAAUCUCGACAAAUAAAGCAAAAAGUGAUUGUUUCAACCCCAACCGAGGAUUGGGGAGAACGCAUCCGUCGCGACGAUUUACCAGAACCGAGUCAAGUCUUCAUGGAAAGAGAGCGGCCUUUGAAGGGAAAGACUGUCAAACCCAAGACCGCCAAGCGCAAGAAAAAUGCCAUCGACGAUCUUUUCAGUGGACUAUUCUAA